GCGCAGCAUAUGCAAAGCUAGCUCAGUACUUCACAACCGCGGGCCUCAACUCGUGACUGGUUUCAAAUUCAUCAUGAUCAUCAAUUCUCAUGGUCAACGACGGCCUGAAUCUAAGGUUUAGCUUCCUUGUUUGUGAUACCCAUGCCACAACACAGUCUUUCAGCAUCCAUAGUCUCGGCAAAGCCACCACUCCCUGGCACCUCUCAUCUCCCUCCACCGUAAACUGCACCGUAACACUCCUGCUUAACACUGCCCAGGCCACUCGAAUGUACCCCCUGCACCAUGAGCAGUCGUAGACUCCGUACACGUACGUUCGCAGCAAGCCCCUUCGCAACGCCACCUCAAGCCGCCAGCCCUGUCCGUUGACCCCUACUCCUCAGCCGUUAAUCACAGAAACGCAGCCUCACCACGCCGAAGGACCGUUAAGCCACUGCCCACGCCGGUUGCCUCAGCCGCUAAGGACACACUUCCACCGCUCCCAGCCUCAUUGUCGUUGCUUCGCCGCUGCCACAGGCCGCUCGGCUCGACGGCAUCUCCGCCGCACUCCCUUCCCUGCUCUUCAGCCACGCCACCACUAUUUAUACAGCCCAGCCCCGUCGCGCAUUGCCUCCUCCAUACGUACCUCGGUUCUACUGAGUGACGAAUAAUUUUUGUUCAGCAUUAUUGAGGAAAAGUUAAGAAAUCCAGGCUGUCUCGAGGAAAGAAAGUUGAAAGUUGUCUAGUAGAAAGAACUGCGGCAUGACCUUUCAUUCGUUCGGUUUAUUUUUCGAACCAAAAGUGAGAUAGAUCAAGGGAAAGUAACGAAAAGGAGAUAUGGUCGAGCUCAUUCCGAUCAGGCUGCAGAAGACAUGGGAGAUAUGGAAUGUCAGGGGAGUCAUUCUCUUCAGCCUUUCACUACAAAUCGUACUGUUUUUGGGUGCUCCCAUGAGAAAGCGCACAGGAAAUAAGCUCUCCAUCAUGAUCAUCUGGGGAUCAUACUUUCUAGCCGAUUGGACAGCUAGCUUCACUAUCGGGCUCAUCACCAACAGCCGGAACUCAUCUAAGAUUAUUGAAAGGAGUGAUCACCUUCUUGCAUUUUGGGCUCCGUUCUUGUUGUUACAUCUUGGUGGGCCGGACACCAUAACUGCUUUUGCACUGGAGGAUAAUGAGCUCUGGCUUAGGCACUUUUUCACCCUGAUAGUCCAGGUUGUCGCCUCGUUUUAUGUCUUCCUGGAAACACUACCAAGCAACAAGCUAUGGCUCCCGACUUCCCUCAUUUUCCUGGCAGGAGUCAUCAAAUAUACUGAACGGACACGUUCUUUAUAUCGUGCAAGCUGGGGUACAUUCCGAGAAACCAUGCUUACAGAACCAGAUCCUGGACCAGAGUACGCGAAGCUCAUGGAGGCAUUCUCUUCAAAGAAAGUAGCCGGACUUCCCACAACAAUGUCACAAACAGUAGAUGAUGAUAUUAAAGCAUGGAAGUCCGCCUUCUAUUCUAUUCAACCGAGCGAUCAGAAUAAAGUAUUAGAUGAGUUUGAGGUGGUGAAAUAUGGUUACCACUUCUUCAAAAUCUUCAAGGGACUCGUUGUUGAUCUCAUUAGCCACAAAGAUAGAAAUGAGAGCAGAGUAUUUUUUCAUGAGAGAACUCCUGAAGAUGCGCUUGAAGUGUUGGAGGUUGAACUCAACUUCAUCUACGAAGUCCUCUAUACCAAGUUCGUUGUGAUGCAUGAUCUCAAAGGAUACCUUUUGCGCUUUCUAAGCUUGGUUUCGGUUUUGGUGUCCCUUGGGAUCUUCUUUUUUCUUGAUUGCAAGCAUGGUUUAGAUAAGUUUGAUAUUCGAGUUACCUACACCCUGCUGCUCGGUGCCUUGAGCCUGGAGGCAAUAGCACUCUUCAAGCUCAUGAUUUUCUCUGAUUGGACAACAGCUUUUCUCGGCAAGAGGAAUACAAAUCCAACAGUUCGGGCCAUCUUCAAAAAAUAUCUCAAAAUUAGAAGGCCAAGGUGGUCUCCACCCAAGGGUAAGCUGUCUGCAGGUACCGAGUCAAGGAUUACAUCAGUAUUACUUCGCAGGUGGUCUGAAUCCGUGGCAGGAUUUAAUUUGAUAACAUACUGCCUCAAGGACCUUCCGAAAAAAUCCAAUGAAUGCUGCCUUGGCAUUUCUAAGACGACUACUCAUUUGUUGCACUCUAUACGGAGGUAUUGUCGCAAAGUGGUCGUUGAUCGAUUGGGUGCUAAGGAUUUUCUAGAUGAGUUGAAAUAUGCGUCAAAAAACUCCUUCACGAAAGAGCUAUGGAAAUUAAUCUUUCGCGAACUGUUGCGGAAAUCUAAAGAAGCAGAUAAACCAGAAAAUAUCAAGAUGAUAAGUUCAGCUAGAGGUGCUUAUGUUCUCGGAGAACUCAUGGAUGAUCCCCUUAUGGUGACUGCAGAUUAUGAAACAGUUUACGAAACACUAAAAAAAGAUUAUAUUGAAAAUGUUACCUAUGAUGAGAGCCUUCUGCUUUGGCACAUUGCUACUGAACUCUGCUAUGGAAGAGAAGACUCUGAUCCUGAAACGGUAGCUCAAAAAGUAGCAAAAUAUCGUCGACUCAGUAAGCUCCUUUCGGAUUACAUGCUAUAUCUCUUAGUGAUGAAAUCUGCUAUGAUGUCUGCUGUGGCAGGUAUUGGACAAAUUAGAUAUAGAGAUACAUGUGCCGAGGCUAAAAGAUUCUUUCGCUAUAAGGAACUAGAACCAAACAAGGUAAAUGAUGCUUGUGAAAACCUCCUUGCUGUGAAUACAGAUGUUAAACCUGUUCAUGUGAAGGGAGAUAAAAGCAAAUCUGUAUUGUUUGAUGCAUGCAUGCUGGCCAAAGAGCUGCAAAAAUUGGAGGAGAAGAAAUGGAAGGUAAUCAGCAAAGUGUGGGUGGAGAUGUUGUCAUACGCGUCAAAUCAUUGCCGACCAGAUGCUCAUGUUCAGCAAGUAAGUAGAGGCGGACAGCUUAUCAAUCUUGUUUGGCUGCUGAUGGCUCAUUUUGGCCUGAUUGAGCAGUUCGUAUACACUGCCGGUGUUGGCCCUGCAAAAUUGAUUGUGAAAAAGUAGUAACUUUUUCUUCCUUCAUGCUACAUGUUUAUGGUUGGAAUUUGACGUACUUUUUUUGUUUUUUCGAUGUAUGAUCUCUAAUCUCCUUCGCUUGGAAAGAAUCAAUUGAAU